UUGUAGUGCAGCCGUUUCUAACGCGCACUGGCACGUAGGUGAGACAAGAGCUCCGUCAGCGGUUCACUCAUCGGGGGAGGGCAGCAGUAACUGGACAGCGCAGAGUCAAACCACCCGGCGCGCCCACACACCCAGACCAGACUCACACGGGGCAGUUGGAGCACUUUUGACGCACGACGCGCGGGGACAGCAGCCACAAUCCUCCAAACCACCUGCAGCCGAAAAUGGAGCGCAAAAUCCCCAAUUUCGCCGGCACCUGGGAUAUGAAGAGUUCCGAAAACUUUGAUGAACUCUUGAAAAAGCUGGGUGUGAACAAGAUGCUGCGUAUGAUUGCGGUGACGGCAGCCUCCAAGCCGCUGGUGGAAAUCUCGCAGGACGGAGAGACGUUGUCCAUUAAAACCUCGACCACAGUCCGCACCACCCACAUCACCUUCACUGUAGGACAGGAGUUUAAUGAGGCCACGGUAGAUGGACGUCCCUGCACGAGUUUUCCACGUUGGGAAACUGACAGCAAGAUCAGCUGUGAGCAGAUUCUGCAGAAAGGAGAAGGGCCAAAGACGUCCUGGACCCGAGAGAUCACCAAUGAUGGCAAGCUGAUCCUGACCAUGCGUGCAGAUGAUGUGGUAUGCACCAGAGUCUACGAGCGACAAUGAACAAGAGCACUUCUCACUUUUCGUCCUUCCAGCCUCCCCUUCUCCUGCGUCACCACUUGCAUCACUACUCCUCCUUGUGGGAGACAGCAGACCCUAGUUUAAUUCCAUUAUUUCUGCUAGCUUCACUUUGUACUAUGUGUGGUAAUUGUAUGUAGUAUGUCGUACAUCUAUCGACACAAUGGUCUUAGCUCCUGAGAUAUCCGUCUGUCUCUCCAGCUCCAUCAAACGUGGCCAGCUGGGUUUUAAACAUGUAUGUUUGUUUUCCAGAGUGACAGCUCAUUUAUUUGGCAUUGUAUGUUUGUGUGUGUGUGUGUGUGUGUGUGUGUGAGCAGCAGCAGAAGAGGUGUGAGACUAUAUUUGUAGAUGUGUAAACCAAUCUAUGAGCUCUUCCAGUUUCAGGUCAGUUUUGAUGUGUUCCCUGUCGCCCUGCCCCGCAAAUUUCACCUUUUCUAUCUCACGACGACAUUUUAUAUUUAUUACUACACUAGGAGUCUGAUACAGUACUGCUAAAGUUUUUACAUUGUGUCUCUUUUAUAUGAAAUGUGAUCAUAGGAAACAACACUUUCUAUGGGAAAAACAAUAAAGCACGAUAUUAACUCAG